CACACUCACAUCAACUAGCGGAUUAGAUAGUGCACGUGAUACUCACAGUACCUAGACACGCUCAAUGCUUCGGAUCUAUUAGUAUAUUCGUCCGCCUUUGUAACACAGUGAGACUACAACGCCUUGACUCGAACUUGGUUGGUUGGUUGGGGCGUUCUAGGCGCUGCAUUGCGGUGCCUCAACAUAUUAUCAUCAUGGGCUGCAGCCCUUCUCGUGCGACAUUUCACUCUGGUGCCUCACUACCACGGAACUACUACGGAUUACCCAGGCCCCUCUCAGGUUACAAUCCUUCGAAUAUGCACUGGAAUGCGCUUGAUUCUGCUGAUGCUUUGCUUCCUCCGCCAUAUUCAGUGACGGUACCGGACGGGCAUGUCUCACUUGAUCGAAGUUAUAACAAAGAAGAAACGACGAAUGAACGCCAAGAGAGCUCUGAAACUGAAGAUCUCAAUACAACAUUUCAUUCCUUACAAAUAGGAGACACGGAAGUGCGACACGAGGUCAGUGCCGAGCCAUCCAUCCCUGCACGGCAGGAUUGCUGGCGGAGACGGCUAAGAGCGCGGAGUGCUCCCGAUCUAUCAUUGCUCGUCUCACAUUCGUCUACUCUUCCAAGAAGAACGAGUGUGUCUCCAUUUCGUGAGGAGGGAGGAGGGCAGACGUUGGAAAAUCUGUGGCCAAACAGGCAGCUCUCCCGACGGUCUCUCGAUGAGACUACAAGUAGACGGAGGAGCGACGGCAUGAUGCUAACCUCUCUGUCUGUCUCUCGUAUUCGUUCGCCUGAAACUGUACGCGCGGAGAGACGGCGCAGGAAGAGAAUGCGUCGACGAUCGACUCCUCAGCGAUUAGACUUCGGUCGCUGUCCGGUCGCCGGACACAGUAGUAGCGGAUUGAGCCUACAGCCGUCGAUUAUGGAGAGAAACAGAUCGGUGCCUGACUUUUCGCCGUUUGUCAUGGCGAUUUCUCCAAAUUUUCAGUUUGGAACAAAGGUGCGCCAACGGUCUACAUCUGCACCUCUUCCCGAGCCAGUGACGGCACUCGGGGUGGCCCCCGCCGGAACUCGGCAUGUCAAACAUACGUCUGCUCCGCACGCAACCGAGAUGUCGUCGACUCCGGAGACGGUUUGCUCUGAAGUGGCAAACCCUCAGACUUUUUCCGCUAUGAAACGUUUGUCACGUACGCAAUCUCUAGACAAGCAGCCAAGUGUAGAAUCGGAGACCCCUUUUAGAUUGCCUGCGUUUGGUCGCACCAAGUUGCCUCCAAUCAUGAACGUAUCUACAGCCAAGAUGUCGACAACUGUUGCUGACAAAUCCAUUGCCUUGAAAGUAGGACGACAACCAGACGAAAUGCUUUCAGCUGACAGCCUACGGCAUAGCUAGUUUAUGACGUCAUCCACAUUGGUUGGAGACGACUAUUUAAAGUGUAGAUAGACCCUGCUAGUGUAGAUAGCACGACAAAUACGACUAACGAGGUGUAUAUCACGUACGAGAAAUACCUAUCUAUAAAAUAGAUAACCCAACAUUCGC